UCUAUUCACUUUCAUAUCCCCAUAUACUUCUGUGUGCAUAAUUAUUUUCCCACGGCUGACCAGUGACCUGAUGUCUCCAUGGAGCUGCCUGUCCAGCAGUGGGACCUUUCUCCUGAGUGGUAGCGAUGUGCUUGAAGUUCAUCAUUGUGGGAUAUUGGGAUCAGCUUUCCUGUAUGUGUUUGAUUUCACUUGCUGUUUUAUUAUCCAAUCAUUCAGUCCCUAGUUUCUUAGUUUUCCCCAUUGGCACUCCCUGGAAUAACCCUCGGUUACCAGUACAUGGUCUCACCUCAUGGCUCCUGCCCCUUCCAGAUCACAGGUGUAAUAUCUUUGCUGAGACCUCUUUUGCUGGAUGUGGUCCCAACUAUCCGACAGGCUGCUGCUUUGGCUCUUGGGAGGCUUGCCUAUUUUAACGAUGACCUGGCAGAGGCAGUGGUGAAGGAAGGCAUUCUUCCACAGCUCGUGUGUUCACUGUCUGAGCAGAAUCGUUUCUACAAGAAAGCAGCUGCAUUUGUGUUAAGAGCAGUUGGUAAACAUUCUCCACAGCUAGCUCAGGCAGUAAUUGAGUGUGGAGCGCUGGAAGCACUUGUGAUUUGCUUGGAAGAUUUUGACCCUGGAGUGAAAGAAGGUGCAGCUUGGGCACUCGGUUAUAUUGCCCAACACAAUUCAGAACUGUCACAAGCUGUGGUGGAUGCAGGAGCCGUUCCUCUUUUAGUGCUCUGUAUCCAGGAGCCAGAAAUUGCUUUGAAAAGGAUUGCUGCUUCAACUCUUAGCGAUAUUUCAAAGCAUUCUCCAGAGUUAGCACAGACAGUAGUGGAUGCAGGAGCUAUCGCUUUCUUAGCUCAGAUGAUCCUGAACCCUGAUGCUAAACUGAAGUGUCAGGUGCUGUCAGCGCUAAGCCAAAUAGCAAAGCAUUCAGUGGAUCUUGCAGAGUUGGUGGUUGAAGCAGAAAUUUUCCCAGUUGUGCUCACAUGCCUGAAGGACUCGGAUGAAUAUGUCAAGAAAAAUGGUGCAACUUUAAUUAGAGAGAUAGCAAAGCAUUCGCCUGAGCUUUCACAGUUUAUAGUAAAUUCAGGUGGAGUUGCUGCUGUGAUUGAUUGUAUUGGCAGCUGCAAAGGGACUGUCAGACUGCCUGGCAUCAUGAUGCUUGGUUAUGUAGCAGCUCAUUCAGAGAACCUGUCAAUGGCAGUUAUUGUCUCCAAGGGAAUACCACCACUGUGUACCUGUUUGUUAGAAGAACAUGAAGAUCAUAUUAAGGCAGCAGCUGCGUGGGCCUUGGGACAGAUUGGCAGACAUACUCCUGAGCAUGCACGUGCAGUAGCAGUAACAAAUGUGCUAGCCACGCUGCUUUCUAUGUAUAUGGACACACGCAGUUCAGAAGAUCUUCAGCUGAAAACUAAAAGAGCCUUAAAGAGCAUCCUUCAGAAAUGCACUUAUCUUCCAGCACUUGAACCAUUGCUGCACGAUGCCCCUCCCAACAUUAUGAAACACAUUAUUGGGCAGUUUAGCAAGGUGUUACCACAUGACAGUAAAGCACGUCGUCUCUUUGUAACAACUGGUGGGCUUAAAAAGGUUCAAGAAAUAAAAGCAGAACCUGGGUCACUUCUUCAGGAGUAUAUCAACACUAUUAACAACUGCUACCCAGAGGAAAUAGUAAGGUAUUAUUCCCCUGGAUAUUCUGAGAUGCUUCUGGAACGGGUGGAAAAUUACCAACCAGUUUUAUAAACUUCAAUUUUUAUUAGAGCUGUAUUUCACGUUUACGCUUUUAUGACUGUAAUACAAAUACAGCUGCUGAAACUCUUGUUAGGUUCUGAAAUCUACUUCUACUGUUUGAACCACAGCAAGACCUCAGUAUUUCCAACAAGCUGUGUUUUGUUCUUUAUAGAAAUGUUGCUAAGUUUUUGUUCCUAUUUGUUUUUCUCUAACGUUAUGACCAGACGCUGCAGCAUAUAUCAGUGGAAUUUCAUGCGAGGGUGUUGAUUUAUCACAGAGGCUUUUUUAGAAUCAGUCAUUUCCUUUUCCUUCCACAAGAAAGGUUUGUUAUUAUCUCAUUCAAAUUUUAUCCUUCUCAGCACUUUAUCAAUUUUCCCCCUUUUGUCUUUGCAUAUUGUUUAGAGCUUCCCAAGCUUGAUGAGGGGGAGGAAAACGAUAUCCCCUCUGCCUUUUCUAAUUAUAGAAUUCAUUCUAUGCUGAGAUUUUUUUUUCCCACCACUACCUUUCGGAAAGUGAUGUGAUUUUUGCAUCCCCAAACACAUUAGUAGCUGCUAAAAAGAGAAGUAAUCAGAUCUGAUGAUGAUAAAAGGGCUGUAUUCUGCAUGCUACAAUAGUGUCAUGAUCCUGGCAUGCUAAAUAGUACAUCUGCAAAGUUCCUCCUAAUUAAGGCAAGAUUUGCUGUGGAGGGAAGCAGCAAUACAUUAUUUGGUGUGCUUAUGUGUCAUUGUUCCUAUCGGAAAGGAUAGAGUGAACUCAGACUUCCCACAGGUACAAAAGGAGAGCAAGGACUCUGAGGUUCUGCCCCAUUUGGGUCGGCAGUACCUGGGCCUCUCAGGAAGAGGAAAAUUGUUUGACUUCAGGAAUGCUAUUAGCAAAGUUUUGAGCACAUCCAGAGGAAAACUGAGGAUAUUUGAGUCUCACUGAAUUGAGUGGUGGGACUAAGACUGCUCAGUACUUUCUCUUCAAAAGAUGAAGCUACUGCAGAGGUGGGUUGAAACACAUUUGGAACUUAGUCUUGAACUUGCAAAUCAUGUUGGCAUGGAGAUUAUUGUAGAUAUGAGCUCUGUUGUAUACAACAUCCUGAAAAUACUUUUGCCCUCUUAGGUAGAGUAAAAAGACUUUCUACAUUCUACUUUGCUGCGUACUGUAACAACAGGGAACAGCAUACAACCCUACAGUAUUCACCAAGUAAUAGGUAAUUGUCAUUCAUCAUUUUUUGUUCUUCUAGCCAUUUUCCUCUUCCAAGUACGCAGCAGGUUUUUUUGUUUGUUUGUUUGCUUUUCUUCUUUUCUUUUUCUUUCCCAGGGAGUAGUAUGCAGUGUUUCUGGGGUGGGAUGUCGAAAUUCUGGCAGCUGCAAGGAAAUACAAUACUUGAAAACCCCUGCAGGAGAAACUUGUCUACUUUCUUAAACAUAUUAGCUGAAUGAGUUUAUAAAACAGGGAUAGCAUCUUCUGUUACUUGUAAAACAGGAGCAAAAUCUUAAUGCAGUUGGAAAUGAUUUAGAGUGAGUCUUCCUUGCCAAGUUCCGAAUUACCAUGUUCUUGUCAGCAUAUUUUUCGUUGGUUCACAGAAACACUGGUGGGCUAUCUUCUGCUAAGGUUUACUUCUACAGAGGGCUGUGCUCCUGGUGUGAGGCACUUGGUGCUCUCGGACUAGUUUGAGGAGUUUGUGGCUGCUCAAUAGCUGGCUGUACAGAGCAUAACUGAGAUGGAAACUGUUGGUGUCAUGACUGCUGAUAUAUAAACCACACCAGCUGGGUUCUUGCCUUAGCCUGCAUCAGAGUGAACAGCUUUGGAACUGACUAACCUUUUCCUUUUCGGUAUUCAUAUUUUGACAUUAAUAAUGUUAUGACACUGGUGGGAAAAAAAUCAUUAGGUAUAUUAAGAAGAUUGUUGUAACACUCAAUGAAUUUUCUUAAAUGCGUUAUGGAUAUUUAAAAAUCAAAUCUUAAACAUUCUUUGAAAGAAAAUGUCAUGCAAGGACUUCCAGAGAAUCCUGAAGGAUCUGAUGGCUUUGUUUUCCCUAGCAGGGGAGAAAUACUGCAGAAGGCUGAAUGCAGUGCAGCUGGGAGGGCGGGUCGGCAUUCAGAUGUGUACCCAUAGCUGCAUCAGAUGUUUGGGUGCACGUGCACAGCACACGAUGCUAAUGGGUGUGUUUUUUGUGGAAAGAGCAUAGAGGCAUCAGUUCCCUGACAAAUAUGUUACACCAUAAUGAUUCCACUGGGUUAAAUUUCAGUGCCUAAACCCUUUGUCCACAGUCUUCUCACAUUUUUUUCUGAUUCCUGACAAUGGAAAUGAUUGCAAAAGGCAAACCUUCAAAGCAGUCUGACUGUGCAGUGCACAGUCUCAAUCAGACCUAGCAUGAAUCCCUCUUUACGCCAGUUAUGCAGUUCUGUCCCAGGCCAGAGGAGCUGUAAGGCCUUUUGUCGCAGGUCUCCCUCUCUGGUGAUGCCACAUCCCAUUCGGCCCUGGCCGAGCCAAGAUCCCUCUUUGGAGAAGCCCUCAGCUCUCCUUUGCUGGCAGGCUGCUUCCGUGCAUGGUAGUACACCUGGGGCUGGAGGCUUCCCAGGCAGUACACAUCUGCAUAAGGCAGAUUGAGGCCUUUCCUGCAGAAUUAUCACUAAUUUGUGGUUUAGGCUUUCUUUACUAGAGCAAGAGUUGCUUUUUUUUUUUUUUUCUUGGAGUGUUUCACAGGUUCUGAUGUACAGUGAUUCUGUUCUAUCCUCCUGUUUGUCUUAAGUCAUCAUCUAAAACUAUAUUAAUGUGUGUAAUUGCUACUCUGGCAAGCUUCAAGUGUGUACCAUUCGUCUCAAUUUCAUAGAAUAAAAUGUAGAUUUGCAUUUUAA